AUGACUUGUGCUAGAAUCAACGAAUUCAACAAGACAUUUAAAACUUCGUUUCAAAUUCUUAAUCCCAAAAAUAGACAUUUACAUCCCAGAGACGUACAUGAUGAAUUAGAUUGGGUUUUUUACUUUAAGUGCCCACUGAUAAUGCAGAGGGAAAAAAUAACGAGCGAUAAAAACUAUUUGCAAAAUAUCAGUUUCACGUGUUCCUACCAACAUGAAAAAUCUAGUUUGGCUGCAUGGGGAAAUUCGUCCAAUCUUCCCGCGAAUUUGAGAAAGAUUGCCGACGUAGAUAUCGCUAAAUACACGCAAGACAAUUGGGAGGAAUUGAGACACGAAUGGGAACCUUACGCCAAGAGAGACACUCUCUGUUUGGGAGCUUGCAUCGAGAAAUACAACCAAGCCAUGAAAGACGUCGUGAUUCAAAACAUGAGCAACAAUCUAACGGCUCCUUCUUUGUCUUUGAAGGGUUGGUAUUACUUGUAUCACUACGAUAAAGAAAUGGUCGAAGAAGAGCAUUACGAAACAACUAGAAUGCUUCAGAAACACACCGAAAAACCACAUUUGUGGAACGAAGCGACUUUGAAAUUGAUUGAUGGAUUUUAUAAACCCGAAAUAUACUAUACCGACACCGAUAGUUUGUACAUUUCAUCCAACAAUUGGAAAAAACUAAAGAGAGCUGGUUUGGUCUCCGAAAAAGACUAUUGCAAAGGUAAAAACGAUUACGGUGAUGGUGGAAAUAUAUUUGGUUUAUAUUUAGAGCCAAAAGUUAAAUACAAUAUCAUUCUAACUUCUGAUGGUGUUUUAAAAGAAAAGAAAACAUUUAAAGGUUAUAAGAAAACAUUUAAAGGUUAUAAGAAAACAUUUAAAGGUUAUUCUAAUGAUAAGAUAAGUGAAGAAGAUUACAUUCAGUUAGCAAGCGGACAUGAUGUGUCGAAUGAAUUUAAGAAACCAUGGGAAAAAAAUUUCGCAAAUGGAGUCGUUAUUCCAAAGGAUGAUGAUAAACAAACUAAAGUUUUUAGAAGUUAUUUGAAUAAUGUUAAAAGAAAACCACCAAACAGUGAAGGAAUUAUGUAUCCUUACAACGACAAAGAUGAGUAUACUUUGGAUGAAAACUGCGAAUUUGAUGAUUUCGAUUAUCUUACUAUUAAAGAAGAGAAUGAAGAGCUAUUUGAUUUGUUUUAA